AAGAACGAGAAUCGGAAAAUAAAAACACAUACAAACAAAACCGUUUCAAUUGUAGUCAAAUGGGCGCAGUGUUUUCUGCUUACCCAAACCGGAAGUAGAAUGUCCAACCAACCACAUCUUUUCCGUCAACACGCUUGAAGGGAUUCGGAUAACUUCAAUCUGCAGUUGAUGUCAGCUCCAAAAGGCGAGAACUGCCAGGUCGACAUGGAGAGCAAAGCUGGAGAUCUGUUCAGUGCUGAGGAUGCUCAUCCUACAGGUGGAGCUGGGAUCUUGGCCAAGCUGGGCCUCCCCAAAGGCAUCUCCACCAGCGUGGCCAAAGAGUGGCUGGACAGGCGCCGCGUGUCCAUCCGACCGUGGGCGAGCUUUGUGGACCAGCGCAAGUUCUCCAAACCUCGCAACUUUGGCGAGCUGUGUCAGCGGGUGGUGAAAAACGUGGAGACGUUCAACAGCAACUACACCUUCAUCUUCUUGGGCCUCAUCCUCUACUGCAUAAUCAGCUCUCCAAUGUUGCUCAUUGCAUUGGCCGUGUUCCUCGGUGCCUUCUACAUCGUCCAUCUUAAAUCUCUGGAGUCAAAGCUGGUGAUCCUUGGCAAGGAACUGACUGUCCCACACCAGAUGAGUCUAGCUGGAGCUGUUUCCUUACCUGUGUUCUGGCUGGCAGGAGCAGGCGCUGCAGUUUUUUGGGUUCUGGGAGCGACCUUGUUCGUGAUCGGCAGUCACGCCGCAUUUCGUGAGCUGGAACCUUCCGACUUGGAGGAGCUCCUCAUGGAGCCCGUGUAAGGAGCAAGACGACCUGGAUUGUACACGCUGUGGUUACCACGUACAACACGUCUAAUGAUAUACUUUGCUGUUACACAGGUAUCAUGGCGUAUUCUAUUAUGUCGCCACUCUUUUCAGUAAAUGGGUUAGGGUUACAUUUAUACUUUGUUAUUCGCAAUUGUCGCUACUCCAAACUGCUAAACCGGGAACACUUUCCCCAACAGAAGUGCAAUUUUAAAGCAAUGAACACGUAAAAGUACUAUUAUGAUUCUACAUAAAUGAAAAUGCAUAAUGUUGUUUUUUUUUAAUGCAAACCUUUAGUUUACUUCGUAUAGAAAUGGUGCCAGUGUAUAUUCUAUAGCCAGGAAAAUGUGAAUAUUGUGCAAAUGUUCAUUCCAGCAAUUACAAAGUGAGACUUAAUACAUGACAUAAGCUCAGAACAUGCGAGAUAUUUCAAGCCUUUGUUUGAUAUCAUUUUGAUGAUUAUAGCUUACAGUGGGGGUGUCCGAACGUUUUGAAUUGGGGGCCGCAUUGGAAAAAAAAUUGAUUAAAAAAAUAUGUUUAUAUGUACAUAUACAGUACGGGCCAAAAGUGUCGACACACCUUCUCAUUUCAAUGUGUUUUCUUCAUUUACAUAAAAACCCUUGCAGGUGACUGACUACCUCUUGAAGCACAUUGAGAGAAUGCCAAGAGUGUGCAAAGCAGUAAUCAGAGCAAAAGGUGGCUAUUUUGAAGAAACUAGAAUAUAAAACAUGUUUUCAGUUAUUUCACCUUUUUUUGUUAAGUACAUAACUCCACAUGUGUUCAUUCAUAGUUUUGAUGCCUUCAGUGACAAUCUACAAUGUAAAUAGUCAUGGAAAUAAAGAAAACACAUUGAAUGAGAAGGUGUGUCCAAACUUUUGGCCUGUACUGUAUAUAUAUAUAUAUAUAUAUAUAUAUAUAUUAGAGAUGCGCGGAUAGGCAAUUAUUUCAUCCGCAACCGCAUCACAAAAGUCGUCAACCAUCCGCCAUCCACCCGAACUAACAUUUAAUCAAAACCACACCCGCCCGCCAUCCGCCACCCGCCCGUUGUUAUAUAUCUAAUAUAGACGAUGCAAGGCAUUAGUGAGGUUAUAAAGCUUUUGCCUGUUAAAGAAAGGAGACUAAACCAAUGCAGCAGAGACAUUCAAUGCGUGCCACGCUGUCACGGCCCAGACGCACACCAGCGCGCAAUCAUCUGGGAGCCACGCUGAGCGCACCUCCAAGCGCGCUCGCGCCACUCAAACUGCUGCAGGCAGCUGCGUUCUAUCUUGUUUUAACAUCCUGUAGCACUCUUCUGGGAUCACGGCGGACGAAACUGCUCAUGCUCAGGGUGUUUGUGGAGGUUCGGGGUUUUGCACAUAUGUGAUGCACCAUGUUAGAUGUCCCGGUUUUGUGACUGUCGUAGACAUAAACAGCGUCGCAGCUCUUGCAAAUCAAGUAGCCAGCAUUACUAUCAUCCUGAUUUACAACCUCAUAAAAACGAGUCCACGCUGAACUUUUCUGGCCUUUUUUUCCCCCUGGUCUUUAGUAUUCCCUUUUUUAGUUUGUCGUGUACCACGUUUGCUGCCGGUGUUGCCAUCUCUUUUUUUUUUCUUCUUCUGUUGUGGCAUAUGCUGCAGGUGCCUGCUCGUUUUUCGUAUGUGGGUAACAACAUUUAACUAUGUAUAUAUAUUUCCGAAUUGGUUUAACUGCCACCCGCCUGAAUCUAUUUAAAAUCUAAUUUUUUUUUAUUUCAACCGCCCGACCCGACCCGCGGAUAAAAUCUUUUUUUGUUUUAUUUCAACCGCCCGACCCGCGGAUAAUCCGCGGACUCCGCGGUUGUGUCCGCAAACCGCGCAUCUCUAAUAUAUAUAUAUAUAUAUAUAUAUAUAUAUAUAUAUAUAAAUAAUGGAUUAAUAUAACUGGAUAGUAAGAGUUUGACUCAUACUUUGUGUACUUCCGUGACGACCUCCUUAAAGUUUUGUAAUCAAUCAGAAAUAUCAAGCGCCAAACAUGGAAAGUAUGAAGAGAGAGUUUUGCAAGUUUCCCAUAAUGCAUUGCAGGGGAUUUAAAUGGGUGUAAUUAUGAAUUAUGUGUAGUGCUUGGACAUGUUUAAUAAUAUUAACAAAGUUCAGUGAGCAGGUUGUGUUACGUGUGACGAUGUGUGUUGACUUUUUGUGGUAGUUUAUUUGCGCCAUGAGUGAGAAAGGUUGUCUGGUUUGGGCCAUAUAUAAAAAUGCUGUGCUGUGGACACUUCAAGGUAUAAUUCAUAGUCAUUAACUUGAAUAAAAGGGUGGCAAGUUUGAAGCAAUUAUAUUUUCAUAUAUUAAAAUUUUAAAUCUGAGGGCCAGAUUCCUUAUUAAACUGAAAGCCGCAGUUUGGACACCCCUGGUUUACAGCUUAUGAAGAUCUUGGAAAAUGUUUUGGUUUUUUCAAACCAUAAACCAUGAUCAUCAAAAUGAUGAGAAAUAAAGGCUUGACAUAUUUUACUUUGCAUGUCCUGAGUUUAUAUCACAUACUAUUUUCACAUUUAAAUGAACUUUAGCACGAUAUUCAAAUUUUUGGAGUUUGACCUGAAUGCACGCAACAUUUAACAUUUAUUUGUGUUAUAAAUAAAGUUGGGCCAUGCAAGCAAACUAUCCUGUUUAUUGUGGAUGUCAAUGAUUGUCUUCGCAGUCUGAAAUGGGGAAACACCAUCAAUUGAUGUUUCUGCUUAUUCAUUGUAAUCAUCUUAUCUUAUCUAUCUUUGUUGUUGUUGUUGUUUUUAUCCAAUUUGAAUUUAUUGUUUUGAUUUUGUACGGUGUCCUUGAGUGCCCAGAAAGACGCCUUAUAAGUAAAAUGUAUUAUUAUUAUUGAUUGGGGCGGCGUGGCUCGGUUGGUAGAGCGGCCGUGCCAGCAACUUGAGGGUUCCAGGUUCGAUCCCCGCUUCAGCCACCCUAAUGCCACACAAACUGGUUUAAAUGUAGCUUAGAAAUGUAGACAAUGGGUGUCACUAUGUAAAGCCCUUUGAGUCUCUAGAAAAUAUCGCUAUAUAAAUAUAAUUCAAUCCAAUCAACUGCCUAGUCUGCAGCUGUGUUUUGUGGAGAAAUCAGUUGUGUACAACAUUAGCAUUAACCACCUAUAGAGGGCACCGCUAAUGCAAAAAAAAAAAAGAGGGCAUGACUUGAAAUUUCUCACACAGCUUCGACUAAACACGCUAGUGACUGCAUGACCGUCCUGUUAAAACAAAGCUGCUAUAAAUGUGUGUUGUAAUUAGCUUAGCUACUUUUCAAUUGACCAAGUUGAGGGGAUCUCAUACCUGCCAACUACUCCGGUUUUCCCGUAAUUAGUACGGUUUUCAUCAACCUAUUCCGGGUUACGGUUGCAGUGAUAAAAAAUACGGUUUUUCAUUAAUUAAA